UCACAAUUGUAAGGAUUCAUCAUCAAGCAAACACGACGUCAUCAUAUUAAGCAAAAAUACCAAUUGAGCAUGAGGGACAGGCGCAUUACAACCCAUCCAUGAGGAUCACCAAGCCAGAAUGGAAACAAUCCCUGCUCAAAUUGUCAUCUCAACACUCAGCUGCCUGCUGCAAAUUGCCACCAGUCUCCACAUCCAUUGAAUACUGUAAUAAUUCUAUGCUCAGCCAAAGAAUGAGACCAUGAAAGGCUACGUACAUUGUUGGUCCUGAUGUAGUCUCCUGUCAAAAGGGGGAACCGGAAGGACUCCAAUUCAUCCCGACCAAUGAUUGAGGUCCGAUUGAGUGCGAGAUCAUUCUAAAAUAAAGAAGGAACUGUCGCUGCACUUCAUUCUGGUGCCUCCUGCACACUGGUCCUCUCCCUCCUACUUCUGUGCCACUUCUUCAAGGAAUUGGAUUCGUAUUCAGUUACAAAAUCUACCAGCCACAGUUCCCACAACCAUAAGGCCCCUGCCAGACUGGAUGCAAUGAAACGCUCAUGUAGUCAACACCAUGGAAACCUGUGACUCCCCUACCAUCACUGGGCAAGAGGAUGGGUGUAGCACUUCCCAGCAUCAGGAAUGGACUGAAUCCAACCCCCAGGUCACUGAUAAAGUUGGUUCAAUGGAAUCUGCACAAGAGAACUGCAUCCCGUGUGAGAACCUAAGAUCAUCAUUCGACGAGUGCAGCUCAGAGACUGCUGCGGCGGCUGCUGUUCCACACGGCACGUUGUCCACCAAGGAGGUCAGCUGCAACGAGUGUUCAUCCUCAUUCUCAAGUUUACAAAAGUACAUGGAACACCAUUGCCCGAACUCGCACCCUCAGCUCCUCCAGGAGGAAAGUGACAGUGAAAUGAGCGAGGCAGAGGAGAGUGAUGUGGAGAACCUGGUUGGGGAGAUUGUCUACCAGCCAGAUGGCUCUGCCUACAUCGUCGAGAAUGUGAACCAGUUAAUGCAAAGCAUCCAACCUGGAGGGCCCAGUGGCAGUAGUGUCCUCCCAGCAUUGUUCAUGAACUCUAUGUCCAACGCUGGGAAUAAGCAAGGGGAGUCCACCUCCGCAGCAUCCGUCUCUGUCUAUCCACAGAUCAUCAACACUUUUCACAUAGCCUCAUCUUUUGGGAAGUGGUUUGGUUCUGACCAGGCAUUCCCAAAUACCUCAGCACUGACAGGCAUCAGUCCUGUCUUGCACACUUUCCGUGUUUUUGACGUGCGACACAAAAGCAACAAGGAUUACCUGAACAGUGAUGGCUCUGCCAAAAACUCUUGUGUAUCCAAAGAUGUCCCUAACAAUGUGGACUUGUCUAAGUUUGACAGUUUCGUGCUCUAUGGCAAACGAAAGCCGAUUUUAAUGUGUUUUUUGUGCAAGUUGUCUUUUGGAUAUGUGAGGUCAUUUGUAACGCAUGCUGUGCAUGACCACCGAAUGACCCUUAGUGAAGAGGAGCACAAGCUCUUAAGUAAUAAGAACGUGUCUGCUAUCAUCCAAGGGAUAGGCAAAGACAAGGAACCUCUUAUAAGCUUUCUGGAACCAAAAAACAAAACCUUUCAACACCCUUUAGUUUCCACAGCUAACCUCAUUGGCCCUGGUCAGAACUUCUACGGUACUUUCAGUGGAAUCCAUGUUGAUGGUGAUGAGGCUGUCCAGGCCGGUUUGGCUUUAUUCAAAGACUCUGAAGGUAGUACGAGUGCAACUGAGCAGCUUCAUCCAAUCCCACUGGCACAGAGUGCUCUGUUGAAUCUUGGAGGGUUGACCAGCUCAGCCCUAAAGACCCCAAUUACCUCAGUCCCUCUGGGCCACCUUGCUUCCGGUCCCACCAAAAUGUCAGAGAGCAAGGAUUUGGGGAUGGAAAUCGAGAAGAAAAAAGCCAGUGGAGAGUUUAGCGCUGACAGUUGCCUCAUGGAAAAGGCGGACUUUGCUGAACAAGCAGAGGAAGAUGAGGAGUGCAAAGACCUGUUCCCAAACGAGUCAGAUGAGGAUGACGAUGAGCCCCAGGAAGACCCUGAGGGUGAUGCAUGUAGCAACAAGGAACUCACUCUCUCAAACCAAAGCAUUUCUAAAUCUCCUUUAAUGCCUAAUGUGCUGAACCCUUCUCCGAGGGGCACCUCUUCUUCUUCUACUUCUUCCUUUGUUGUUUUCGAUGGUGCAAAUGGGAGGAAUGCAGUGAGCUUGUCAAACGACAGUGCAAGCGGUGACAGCUGUGUCGGUAAUGCUGAGAGUAAUAGGAUGGACUUUGUAGAUGAAAGUGCCAAUAAAGACAGUGCCACAGCUCCUGAACCAAAUGAACCUGUCGAUGGUGAGGAAGGAAACUAUGCCUCCCAUUACCCACAUGCCAGCAUUCCCUGUGACCUGGGGGGUGGGGAAUGCUCAUCCGGAAGCACCGUAGAGUGUCCGAAGUGCGACACGGUCCUGGGCUCCUCACGGUCCCUUGGUGGGCACAUGACCAUGAUGCAUUCUCGGAACUCGUGCAAGACCUUGAAGUGUCCAAAGUGCAACUGGCACUACAAGUACCAGCAGACGCUGGAGGCCCACAUGAAGGAAAAGCACCCAGAGUCCGGUGGCUCAUGUGGCUAUUGCAAAUCUGGGCAACCUCACCCUCGGUUAGCCCGGGGUGAGAGUUACACGUGUGGUUACAAGCCUUUCCGAUGUGAGGUAUGUAACUACUCCACUACAACCAAAGGCAAUCUCAGUAUUCAUAUGCAGUCCGACAAGCAUCUCAAUAACAUGCAGAACUUGCAAAACGGCGGAGGCGACCAGGUUUUCAGCCACAACGCUGGGGCAGCCGUGGCUGUGGCAGCCGCCGCCGCCGCCGCCGCCGCCAGCAUGAGCUCCUGCGGGGCCUCCUCGCCCACCAAACCAAAAACCAAACCCACUUGGAGGUGCGAGGUGUGCGACUACGAGACCAACGUGGCCAGGAACCUACGCAUUCACAUGACCAGCGAGAAGCACAUGCACAACAUGAUGCUGCUCCAGCAGAACAUGAACCAGAUCCAGCACAGCAGACACUUAGGCCUCAGCAACCUGGCACCUGCAGAGGCUGAGCUUUACCAGUACUACCUGGCCCAGAACAUGAACCUCCCAGGCCUGAAGCUGGAAAAUGCAACCGACACACAGUUUAUGCUGGGUGGAUUCCAACUGGACCCAACAAAUGCAGUAUCAGCACUUGCACCUGCACUAGUUGGCGGUGAGAUUCCUAUUGACAUGCGACUGGGAGGUGGGCAGCUGGUGUCAGAAGAACUCAUGAACCUCGGCGAAACGUUAACGACCACGAACGACCCUUCCUUGAAGCUUUUCCAGUGUGCCGUCUGCAACCGAUUCACCACGGACAACCUGGAGACACUCAGUCUGCACAUGAACAUUGAGCGACACCUUCCCGAGGAGGAGUGGAAAGCAUUCAUUGGCGAUUCCUACCAGUGUAAGCUCUGCCGUUACAACACCCAGCUCAAGGCCAACUUCCAGUUGCACUGUAAGACAGAUAAGCACGUGCAGAAAUAUCAGCUUGUGGCACACAUCAAAGAAGGAGGCAAGGCCAACGAGUGGCGACUCAAAUGUGUGGCCAUUGGGAACCCAGUGCACUUGAAAUGCAACGCAUGCGAUUACUACACCAAUAGUAUUGAGAAGUUGCGACUGCACACUGUCAGCUCAAGGCAUGAAGCCAGCUUGAAACUCUACAAGCACUUGCAGCAGCACGACAACACGGUGGAGACCGAGGCGUGUUACUACCAUUGUUCACUGUGCAGCUACUCGACCAAGGCAAAACUUAACCUGAUCCAGCACGUACGCUCCAUGAAACACCAACGCAGCGAGAGCCUACGCAAACUACAGCGGCUGCAGAAGGGUUUGCCAGAGGAUGAUGAUGACCUUGGGCAGAUCUUCACCAUUCGCAAGUGUCCUGCUGCUGAGACUGAAGAAACCAACGAAGAUAUGGAAGGGCUUAAUGAGCCCAUGCAGGAAGCAGAAGAUUCUACCAAAGACAAAGACAGUGGAAGCGAGAAGGAGCCCAGCAAAGAAACAGUAUCUGUAGGAGAUAAGGAACAACAGGACUCAGCAUCUACAAAACGAUCAUCACUACCUGAUAGCAUGGAAUCCCCUCUUUCUUCAAAAAGGCCUCGACCAUCAGAAGAACCAAGUCCAGAACAGAUGUAUCAAUGUCCGUACUGCAAGUAUAGCAACACUGACGUAAACCGCAUCAGGAUGCAUGUAUUAUCGCAGCAUUCCGUGCAGCCGAUGUUGCGCUGCCCUCUCUGUCAGGAUAUGCUCAACAACAAGAUCCACCUGCAGCUCCACCUGACUCACCUGCACAGCGUGGCUCCUGACUGUGUCGAAAAACUCAUCAUGGCGGUGACUACUCCGGAGAUGAUGAUGCCAAGCACCAUGUUUCUCUCUGCAAAUGUUCCAGAGAGAGAAUGCCACAUGCUCUUGCAGACUGCAACAAGCUCCAAUCCAGAAGAUCCUGCAAAACUACUUGAAACAUCAGAUGCACCUGAAAAGAGCAAUGUACCUUCGGAAAAUACAGAGCGUAGCAUGGAACCAAAGUCUUCUGUUGACCAGAGUUUAGUGAAGGAUGAUGCUGGGUUCCUGUGCUGGAAGAAAGGAUGUAACCAGUUAUUUAAGACUUCCACUGCACUUCAAGCCCAUUUCAAUGAGAUUCAUGCAAAACGGCCCCAGCUACCAGUCUCAGAUCGCCAUGUCUACAAAUACCGCUGUAAUCAGUGUAGCCUAGCCUUCAAGACCAUUGAGAAACUACAACUGCAUUCUCAGUAUCACGUUAUUAGAGCCGCCACCAUGUGCAGUUUGUGCCAGCGCAGCUUCCGUACGUUUCAAGCCCUGAAAAAGCACCUGGAGACCAGCCAUCUAGAACUGAGUGAGAGUGACAUCCAGCAGUUGUACAGUGGACUUGGAGUAAAUGGUGAUGUUAUGGUGCUGGGUGAUGCAGUUCUCAGUGAAGAUCAAGCCUUGGGGGCAGAUGAGGAUAAAGACGACGAAAGCGAUUCGGACGAGAAGCAAAGCCCUGUUGGAAGUGACUCUGGAUCUGUGCAAGAGGAUUCUGGCUCUGAGCCAAAACGGGCACUGCCCUUUAGGAAAGGCCCUAAUUUCACAAUGGAGAAAUUCCUGGAUCCCUCUCGACCUUACAAGUGCACAGUUUGCAAGGAGUCGUUUACACAAAAGAACAUCUUGCUUGUCCAUUAUAAUUCUGUGUCCCACCUGCACAAGUUGAAAAGAGCACUUCAGGAAUCAGCUACUGGUCAGCCUGAACCAACAAGCAGCCCAGAUAACAAGCCUUUUAAGUGCAACACAUGCAAUGUGGCCUAUAGCCAAAGCUCGACCCUAGAGAUCCAUAUGCGUUCAGUGUUGCACCAGACCAAAGCACGAGCAGCAAAGUUAGAAGCUGCCAGUAGCAGCACAGUGGGCAGUGGUACCAUUAGUAACAAUAAUAAUACUUUAGGCUCGUCAACAUCUAGUCCAAGUCCAAGUGGCAACAGCAAUGGUAAUACUGAUGUUGGUGUAAGUGGGAGUGGAUGUGGUGUUACAAAUAGUGCUACCUCUAGCUUUGGUUUAAUAAGUGGAAACCAGAUAAUAGCCGAUUCCUUUGGAACAUCUGCAGUCAGUAACUCUAUUGCGAGCAGCAUUACCACAUCUUUAGAACAAAGAGAUGCUAGCAAAAAGAAGAUAGUGGACAUGAUAACAUCUCGGCAACAAACGCAACAGCAACAGGCACAGUCGCUGGCACAAGCCCAAGCCCAAGCACAGGCCCAAGCACAGGCUCAGGUACAGGCCCAGGUACAGGCCCAGGUACAGGCCCAGGUACAGGCUCAACUACAGCAAGAACUUCAGCAAACGGCUCUCUUUCAGCCUCAACUCUUCAACCCAGCCUUGCUGCCACAUUUUCCCAUGACCACUGAGGCUCUUCUGCAACUCCAGCAACAACAGUUGCUCUUUCCUUUCUAUAUCCCAGGGACAGAAUUUCAGUUGAACCCAGAGAUCAGCAUCCCAGUGAGCAGUGCAGCAUUGACAAUGUCAACAAUGUCAAUGUCUGCAGCGAGCGCUUUGCUUGAAGAUGUCAAGCCCCAUACUCAGAGUCUGCAGCAGCAACUGCUUCAUCACGGGCAGCAGUCAUCUCUAGUGCAGCAGCAUGCAGCUUUCCUCCAACAAAGCCAACAGCUGGACAAGAAACCAAAAGCAACGAUGAAAGACAAAGACAGGGAUGGGCACAAAGACAAAGAAAACUCUGAAAGAUUUGAUGAAGGGUUAAUGCUCAAGGACAUUUCCUUGGAGGCACACAGAUCCAAAGAUAGGAAAGACCAAACCGCAGUGAAUGGUAACGACUCCUCCUUACCCCCUCCUCGUAUUCCCUCUGAUGCUCGCGGUAACGCCACCAAAGCCUUGCUGGAAAAUUUUGGGUUCGAACUUGUUAUUCAGUUCAACGAAAACAAACAAAAAGUCCAGAAGAAAAGUAAAAGCGGCCUGAGCGACGAUGUGGAUAAGUUGGAGUGCGACACUUGCAGCAAAUUAUUCUCAAACAUGUUAAUCCUAAAGAGCCACCAAGAGCACGUGCAUCAGCAGUUCUUACCGUUUGAAGAGCUCGAGCACUUUGCCAAACAGUACAGAGUGAACUAUGAUAAACUGUACCCCCUGAAGCCACAAACUCCUGAACCGCCGCCUCCACCACCACCGCCCCCACCCCCUCCACCUGCACCCGCACCAGCAUCUACUGCCCAGAAUCUUACCACCACCGCUGCCCCGCCGCACACGCCUCCUGCUAUUUCAACCCCACAGCCAUCUGUGUCAAUCUCUCAGCUCACCAUGCCAAUGGACCUGCCUAUCUUUUCACCUCUUUUGAUGCAGUCGCUGCCCUUGCAGUCUUUACCGCAGCAAAUUACCUCCCAGUUAACGCCUGUGGACCCCAUACCCACCGAUCUGGCUCAGCUCUACCAACAGCAGCUCAACCCCAAUCUACUUCAACAGCAGCAGAACAAACGGCCGCGGACUCGCAUAACGGACGAUCAGCUUAAAAUCCUCAGAGGGUAUUUUGACAUCAAUAAUUCCCCUAAUGAGGACCAAAUCAAAGAAAUGUCUGACAAGUCAGGGUUGCCACAGAAAGUGAUAAAGCACUGGUUCAGAAAUACUUUGUUCAAAGAACGACAGCGUAACAAAGACUCUCCGUACAAUUUCAACAACCCUCCUAUUACAUCACUUGAAGACAUUAAGGUGGAUUCAAAGCCAUCCUCACCAGAACCUUCAAGGGCUGAGUAUUACAGAAGCAACCGAUCGACUAGGACGAGAUUUACUGACUAUCAGCUGCGGGUCUUGCAGGAUUUCUUUGAUGCCAAUGCUUAUCCAAAAGAUGACGAAUUUGAGCAACUCUCAAAUUUGCUUAACCUCCCAACUCGCGUGAUAGUCGUUUGGUUUCAAAAUGCCCGGCAGAAGGCGCGCAAGAACUACGAGAAUCAGGGUGAUGGAAAGGAGGGUGAGCGCCGUGAGCUGUCAAAUGACCGCUACAUUCGCACAAGUAAUUUGAAUUACCAGUGUAAAAAAUGCAGUUUGGUCUUUCAACGUAUUUUUGACCUCAUUAAACACCAAAAAAAACUGUGCUACAAAGAUGAAGAUGACGACGGUCAGUACGACAGUCAGACAGAGGACUCCAUGGAUGCGAUGGAGAUGAUGGGGCCCUCUGCUUCAUCUUGUAGCACUCCUUUGACCUCAGCUGUCUGUGGUUCAUCAUCCGAGGCAACAGCAAAUGUACCUCCUGGCAAUCUGCCUCACACCUCAACUCAGAAAGAGGAAGGUUCGUCUAACCCGGAAUUUUCUGAGGAGAAACCAAAGCAGCCCGAAUCCCCUGAUACACAGCAGCAGCAGCAUUCACAAGAGAAUCUGUUACAACCAAAACCUGAGACACAGCAGCAGCAACAAGACCAGAAGCCACAAAUAACACAGCAGAUGGCCCCGCAGCUCCCGUCACCCCAGCAGUCCCAGCCACAAUGCUCCGUCUCGCAGGGCAUCACUAGCCCGUCUCAGCUUUCUCACAUCUCCUUAAAUCCACUUCACACUUCAACACCGCAGCAGCUUGGAAGCCUUCCUCCUCAAAUGGUUCACUACCAGUGUGACCAAUGCAAGCUGGCAUUUCCAACCUUUGACCUUUGGCAGGAGCAUCAGCAGCUCCACUUCUUGUCUGGGCAAAACCAAUUUGUCCAUCCUCAGUUUUUAGACCGCCCAAUCGAAAUGCCCUUCAUGCUCUUUGACCCCACCAAUCCUUUGCUUGCCAGUCAGCUACUUUCCGGAACUCUACCUCAGAUCCCAACUAGCUCUGCUUCUUCACCUUCGACGCCAAAUUCCGCUAUGAACACUUUGAAAAGAAAACUGGAAGAAAAGGCAAGUGUCAGUCCCGGGGACAAUGAUAGUGGAAACAAUGGGGACGAGCCUCAGAGAGAUAAACGCUUAAGGACCACCAUCACCCCAGAGCAAUUAGAGAUUCUCUACCAAAAAUAUCUGCUGGAUUCCAACCCAACACGAAAAAUGUUGGAUCAUAUUGCACAUGAAGUAGGUCUCAAAAAACGAGUAGUUCAAGUUUGGUUCCAGAACACACGUGCUCGAGAGAGAAAGGGCCAGUUUAGAGCAGUUGGGCCCGCACAGGCUCAUCGGCGCUGUCCAUUCUGUAGAGCCCUCUUCAAGGCUAAGACAGCACUCGAAGCCCACAUCCGAUCCCGUCACUGGCAUGAAGCUAAACGUGCUGGGUACAGCCUGAUCAUGUCUUCUGCUUUAUCAACUGAUAGCGAUGGAGGAAACAUAUUGAAGGUAGACCCAAUGGAUUGCUCCAGUUUUGCCCAGCUUUCAUCAAUAAAUAGCGACAGCCAGUGCGCCAGUCUGUCACCUGUGAACAAAAGUGGAGAAUUCUCACCCAAAGCUCUUCUUAGCCCGUCAUCUAUCAAAGUCGAGGGGCUUGAAGAAUUUGAUGGUCCUACAAUUUCCUCAGUCAAUUUGGGAUAUGACCAAACUAGGCUUGAUAAUGAUGAUUGUUCAUCAGUAAACACAGCUAUUACUGACACUACAACUGGAGAUGAAGCAAUUGCAGACAACGACAGUGCAACUGGGGCAAUGGCUGACUGUAAACAGGCCCUCUAUCAAACUGAGAGUCUUCAGAAGUUGAUGCAGUCAUCAAUGCAGGAAAAUGAAGACAGGAUUUCAUCGGGCUUGGUCAGUCCAUCGCCGAGUUAUAACGCUAGGGAAUUGGAAAAUGAAUGUACAAUUGAUUACAGUGAGACAUCAAGCCUUGCUGAUCCCUGUUCGCCCAGUCCUCAUGGAAGCAGCAUGUCGAGGCUCUCAGACGGGGAACGUCCAGGGCAAAAGCGCUUCCGCACCCAGAUGACAAAUCUCCAACUGAAACUGUUGAAAUCCUGCUUCAAUGAUUAUCGAACACCUACCAUGCUGGAGUGUGAGGUUUUGGGAAAUGAAAUAGGACUGCCAAAACGAGUUGUUCAAGUGUGGUUCCAGAAUGCUAGGGCUAAAGAGAAGAAAUCCAAACUGAAUAUGGCAAAACACUUUGGUAUUAAUCAGUCAAAUUAUGAAGGACCCAGAGCAGAAUGCACUUUGUGUGGCAUCAAGUAUAGUGCCCGGCUAUCUAUUCGAGACCAUAUCUUUUCUCAUCAACAUAUCUUCAAAGUGAAGGAGACCAUUGGAAGCCAGCUGGAUAAAGAAGUCGAGUACAUUGAUCCUGCCACUGUUCGUCGGCUAAUGGCUCAACAAGAACUAGACCGCAUUAAAAAAGCUAAUGAGGUUCUUGGUUUGGCGACACAGCAGCAAACACUUCAACAGCAGGGCUUGUUUGAUAAUCCACCAGUACAAGCUCUUAAUCUUCCUACUGCCUACCCAACCUUGCCAGGGAUUUCGCCUGUAUUACUGCCAGGUGUGGGCAGUCCUUCAUCUUUACCUGGCUUUACUUCAUCUAAUGCAGCUUUAACUUCUCCUAAAUCUAACCUUUUGGGCAUUCCUGCAUCAACUGUACCCUCCCCUGGCCUUCCAACCACUGGACUGCCAAGCAAGCAAGCUUCUGCAUUGACUUCCCAGGCCCCAACACAGGCUACUGCUACAGCUCCACGCCCAGCGUCGGCCACCCAGCAGCAACAACCCGAACAACGUAAAAGCAAAGAGAACGAGAGGGCAAAAGAAAAGGAGAAAGAUAAAACGGAUCCUGCGCCCACACCGAACAAGGAGAAAAACGACAACAGCACAGGCACGUCAGUGCCUCUUCCUGGCAUGGAGUAUGUGGUAGACCCAGCCCAGCUUCAGGCUCUGCAAAAUGCACUGGCUUCUGAUCCAACUGCCCUGCUCACCAGCCAGUUCUUGCCGUACUUUGUGCCGGGUUUUUCUCCAUAUUACGCCCCACAAAUUCCCGGAGCCCUUCAAGGAGGAUACCUACAGCCAAUGUAUGGGAUGGAGGGCCUCUUUCCUUACAACCCAGCUUUGUCCCAAGCUCUGAUGGGGCUGUCGCCAGGUUCUUUGCUGCAGCAAUAUCAGCAAUAUCAGCAGAGUCUACAAGAUGCCCUCCAGCAGCAGCAGAGGCAGUUGCAGCAGCAGCAACAGCAGCAGCAGCAACAGCUCCAGCAACAGUUGCAGCAACAGCUGCAGCAGCAGCAGCAACAGCAACAACAGCAACAGCAGCAACAGCAACAACAGCAACAACAGCAGCAUCAACAGCCAAAGCAGCAGCCUAAACCAAGCCAACUCCCCGCCCCACAACAAACAACUUCCCCAGAGAAAGAAUCCGCCAAAGAAUCUACCAAAACACAAGAGCAAGCCAGUGCGCCCAGAGAACCAUCCCUUCCAAAACCUGAAGAACGACACCAAACAGAAAGCAAAAGUACGGACUCGCUUGACCUGUUCAUUGUUCCAAAGGUGCAGUACAAGUUGGUCUGUCGCAAGUGUCAGAUGGUCUUCACUGAUGAAGAGACAGCCAUGAGCCACCUGCAGUCAAUAUGUUUCUUCGGUCAGUCUGUGAUAAAUCUGCAAGAGAUGGUGCUUCGUGUUCCCACCAGCACCUACCACUGCCUGGCCUGUGAUACUACACUGAGCGGGGAUGAAGCUCUAAGUCAACAUCUCGAGUCAACCUUGCACAAACACAGAACAAUCAAACGAGCAGCAAGAUACGCCAAAGAGCACGCUAGUUUAUUACCUCACUCAGCCUGCUUUCCCGAUCCUAACACCGCAUCUACCUCGCAGUCUGCCACCCACUCUAACGACAGGCCCUCCUCCAGCCUCUCCCCCCAUGCCUCCAUAAAAUCUUGGCCUAACAUUCUUUCCCGAGCCUCAGUCAGGAAGCCCUCUUCUUUACCUUCUCUCUCCUCAUCUUCAACAGUUACCUCAACUUCAUGCAGCACCUCAGGGGUUCAGACCUCUAUACCAACAGAUGGCUAUUCAGAUGAGUCUGACAGUGAGCUCAGCCAGAAGUCAGAUGGCCUGGAUUGCCCGCUGGAGGGUCCAGAUGAUCCCAGUUGCCGCAGAGACAGUAGUCUGACUAGUGUAGGAAUGGACACCUUCAGAUUGUAAGCUUGAAGAUGGACAAUAUGAUUAAUAAAAAAAUACAAAACAAUUUCAAAAAAGACUAACUGCAAUUCCAAAGCUUCUAACCAAAAAAAUAAAAUCUUUCAGGAUUGUUGUCUCAUAUUGAUAUGCUGGCAACAUCUAAACCUGUUACACUGGUUGCUAGAAGGUACUAUGGUUAGCUGAGCAAUGACAGAAACCAGAAAGCAAUGAACUGCCUCAAUUUAAUUACAGUGGUCUUUGAACCCGAAAACCCUUUAUUUCCCCAGUGCAAACAUGUCCUAAGUUGAUAGCACAGCAGAUGUCAGCAUGUACCUUAUGGGAUGACAAUCCACCAUUUACAGUUUAGAUUUCUUGCUAUGUAAGCAUUCGGAUACCAAUGGCUAGCUAAAAAAAUGUAAUGUCUUGUAUUCUCAGGUCAAUAGCUCACACCUUGUUCUGUUUUCUGAAUCAUAUUUUGCUUUUGUUUAUAUAUUUUUUCUGUUAUUAUUUUUUUUGUUCCAGGCGAUGAUUUUUUUUUUCUCCAAAACUGGCAGAAAGUAUUGAAAGAGUUGAAAAAUAUGAAACACAUCUUAACUGGGGAUUUACAAAGAAUAGCUCUUCUGCUGCAUAAUCUGAGGGAUAAUUGAGCACUCCCAUUGCCACCAAAACACAAGAGUGUUGAGGACUUGUAACUGAGAUAACAAUGAGUUUAAAAGAAAAAACUAACUUUCUGUAUUUAUGAUAGAUAUGAACAUUUUGGUGUUGAGUAGUUGUUGCAUUGGAAAUGACCUAAACAGUAUGGUAGAUUGAAAACCUUUGUGUACAUUAGCUUUUGUAUUGUCCAACAGAAAGCUCUUCAUUUUGAUGUUGUCUUGUUCAUUCCUGUAGGAUAGAUUGAAUCAAGUUACUGGUCUAUGCUUUUCUGUCGUAUUCCUUCCUUUCCCACCUUCCCCUUCCAACCUUGACACCUUCCUUAACGCUCACCUUCCUCUCUGAAGGUGGUUUGCUCUAGUUUUAUAGAAGGAAGAAAAAAAAAGUAAAUUUAAAGAUUUUUUGUGGAUAGGGUCCUUUUCAAUUUUUUUGUGAACCUUUAAGGAACAUAAUGAUUAUUUACCUGUGUCUGUAACCUUUGUGCACUUACCUCUCUGCUUUUGUAGAUGCUGUGGAAAAUUUUCCUAUGAAGCAGACAUUUGUUUUUUGUGUAGUGUGGCAGCAGUCUGUUUUUUUUUUUGGGGUGGGGGGGAGGGAGGGAGGAAAUUAAUUAUUUUUUUCUUUGACACAAGAGAAAAAAUUCUCGCGCUUUAACAAAAUCCAAAGACAUACACUUUCACCAUUGGUGCAUAAAGGUGAAAAGAGGCAUCUUUAUACUUGAGAAUUUGUUCUUCUGAUUUAAUAAAAAUUUAACAAAAAAGGAAUGGUAAUAUCCAGGUCACUGCCAUUGCUUCUUCUGCAAGCAAACGAGUGGCUGAUGACAAAACAAAUAAAAAUACCAAAAAAAACUUUUUACUUAAAGGUUUGUCCUUGUAUUGUGGAAUAAGUGCAGUGGUGGUUAGAAGACACUGCUCCUACCAAGGAUAUCAGAUAGUGAUCUUUUAAAAAAAAUGUCUUUGUUAUUUGGGCACUUGUUAUGUACAUCUCUGUAGUCACAUUAAUGUCAAAAAAAUUCAUUACUAGCAUAAAAAGGUCUGAACUCUUUUAAAAAAAAUCUUUUUUUGCUGCAAAUGUUGUAGUCACACAAUAGAUGCUUGCUUAUAUCUUGCUUUUUGCUAAGCUUUACUGGAAACAAAUAAAUCAGUUUUAGCCUCUGCUUUUUUGAUAUUCCUUUCUUCAUCUUUCUGUUGCAAAUGGAACAUUUUUAGACUGUGAAUACACCUUUCCAUGGUUCAGUUUGGUUGAUGCUUUUACUAGUCAAAAGCCAACAAAAAUUGCAGAACUCCAGUUCAUUCCAAACUAUCAACUUGGAGUUUGUUGCAGGGACUGAUACUUUGUUUUAAAAUCUUUUUUUUGUUUUAUUUUUGUUUGAAGUAGUCAAUAAGCUGUUGUACAUAUUCAUAAUCAGGCUUGUGCACAGUGCAAAAAUGAUUUUUUUGUAAUAAUAACAUGCAGAUAGUAUAACUCUUUGGUUUCAGAGAUAACAGAAGUUUAAAUUACAUUUAAAAGUAGGCCUAUUUUACAUAAAGAUAACGUUAAAAAGGAAAAUUCAAAUUCUUUUCUAAAUGAGGUUAAGAAAAAAAUAGCUCCCACAAGAUGAAAAAUUUUAUUCCAAGGUUGUACAGUUUUUGUUUUUUGUUUUGUUUUUUGAUGUGAUUCUAUGAAAUAUAUUCGGCAUUUAACUGUUAAUUUGUAUGUUAGUACGUUUCUGUAUCAUAUAUAAUUUCCCUCAUUAACUGUUAACAUUUUAACACUAGCAUUAUAUUUUAAAUACUGGUUUGUUUUAUGUUUUUUAUCUUUAUAUACUAUGACAUGGCCUCUUAAGGUGCAAUUUUCUGGUUUGUAUUUUCUUGGAACUCUGACCUUUGUUUCCAAAGUCUGUUCAGUAGCACUUGUACUCUACCAUUUACAAAGACUAAUAAUUGUGCGGGUCAGGCUACCCCAAGUUUUACAGUUAAACGUAGCAAGACGUACAGGUGAAAGGUGGACGGAACAUAUUUGCAUCUAAAGGCACCACCAGUACUGAAACACGGAGCUGGAAAAAAAGCACUGAGCAGUUUUUUGAAAAAAAAUUAUUUAACUAUAUAUGAAUGUGGCCAAAGCUUUAAGCAAUGAGAAUGGUGCCGCAUUGAAAGUGUCCAUUUUUUUGUGGCAUGGGAAAAAGAAUAAGACAAGAGAAGCAUUAACACAAGUCAGCAUACUUGAUGUAUCUAAGUUCUUGAACAAUAAAGAAGAUUAUUGUCGUUCUUGUGGAGAAACUGCCCACUGUGAACAACAUUGACUAUUACAUCUUGGGCAACUUUGGAAACAUUAACCCUGAGGUGAAAGAGGUAUCUCCAGCCUUGCAAUGUACAAAAAAAAGAGCAAGUUAAACCAAAAAUGAUGUUCUUGAUGUUUUUUCUAUAAUGUAGUCUUGUUAGUUUUUUUGUUACUGUAACAACGAAAAAAUUUCAACUGUACCAAAAUCAUGGAGACUAACAAACACAUGGAUUUCGAACUUUAAAAAUUUUGUCACAAACCUUGUUGUCAUAGUUAAGUUAAUUGUAGAUGGUAAUUGAAUAUACUCCUUUGAAAAUACUUCAUCAAGUAUGUUUCUUGCUCAUUGUGAUACAUUAAAAAAACCCAGUAUGAGCAACA